GUCCAGCCAACACUCUUCCACCGCUCAACUUUCAUUGACCACCUGUUCGUCACAAGCCAACCCAGCGAACCCAACGUUCAAUUGUGUAGCGGAGGUGUGGUUUUGAAUGAUUCACCAAGACCCAUCAGACUUUAUAGUUCGUUUUUGUGAGUAAAAAGGGCAGCAUGAAGUUUUGCGUGUUUUCGGCAACUUUGGUCGUGCUUCUUCGCACUUCCGUAGCGCUAAACUGCUACCAGUGCUCAGGUAGUGAUCCCACAAAACCAUUUCAAUGCAACGAGUGGCUCAGCAGUGACAUAGACAUUCAGCCACAGACCUGUGACAACGUGUACGAUGCAAAGUACUGCAUUAAACACACAGGCAGAUUCGAAGGAGGAAUCGGUGCCAAGAGGUUCUGUUCGUCGCUGGAUUUAGGCAACUAUUGCAACUACGUCAAGCAGCCCGGAGACAUCCUCACCUACCGGACGUGCGUGUACACGUGCAGUGGUGACGGUUGUAACCCUUCCAGUCGUGCCAAACCCACUACUUUUCUAAUUUUCGUACCUACCUUAGUGUUCUUAUACAAACUGAUGACCGUAGUAGCAAGGUAGACUUGUAAACCUACCAUAUAUGUAUAUUGUUUUGUAAGUAAAAGCCGACUCAGUUGACAAUUUUAUUCAAUACAACGUAAAAAGCAACUGUAAAGGUACAAAAGCUUCAAGGUUGUUGAACCUUCUUAAGCUAACCUGUUGAAUGAACUUCUGUAAGCAACGCUCUGUUUGUUUGAACUGUUAUAAUAUGUAAAGUCUGACUGUAGUUUACAAUAAAGCUAUUGUGACUUAAGUAA